GCUAAAUAAUGAAGGUUAUAUCAAUUGUUGGUCCGCUGCUGUUGCUCAUCUGCACGACAGGAUUUGCACGAGCAAACACAGCCACCAGCUGCUAUAGUUGCUAUGGCAUCAAUUGUCAGCGAACAUCGCUGAGCGAGGAACAAACGUGCUCCGAUGUUUUGGACUAUUGCGUCACCAUAUUCGAUGAAGCGAAGGUGUUGUACAAAGGCUGCUCCCUGGAGAUUCCCGUGCAACUGCGUCAGCGUUGCGAGUCGCGACCCAAUGAUUCCUGUUACAAGUGCAACUCGGACCGUUGCAACAAUGUGGGAUCUAGGCAAUAUGCUUGUGUGCAGUGCGAUGCCAGUGCGGACUCAAACUGUGCUGAGAAUGCGACCUCUUUGGAACCGUCCGUUUGUGCUGCUCCGACUGCAGCAAAUUCCUAUUGUUAUGUGAAAUCCUCUGGCACGAGCAGCACUAUUGUGCGUGGCUGUUCCACAACUUUCGCUGAUCAAAUAAGCUGCCUGAAUGAUGCCAACUGCGCCUUGUGCUCACCCGGUGACAUUCGAGGCUGCAAUAGUGUGAAUAUCUCAACGGAUUCCAGUCGCUUCAUUCGCUUUUUGAGAUAGAUCAAAGUUAAUUUUAAUGAAAUGUUAUUCAAUAAAAAAAAUAAAAUGGAAAUAAUAAUAAUAAU